AUGUAUGGAAGAAGUCUCUUCCAGACUCCAGUUCUCUUUUGUCGAAGCUCAGACUCUGACACAGGAUCGGGAACGUUGAAAGCUGUGUCUGAAGCGUCUGCCUCCGCCACCCGAAAGGGAUCUGGACUGGAGUUCAAACAGUGCGAACGAAACGUUUGCCGAAAUAAUGGAACUUGCAUUGGUGUAAAACAGACCGUUGCAAGCACAUUGUGUGAAGAUAGCAGCGUCGCGUUUAACGGGACGUGCUACAAGUUCGUAGUGCAAAAGAGAAGUUGGUACGAGGCAAACAGUUUCUGCCAAGAUAUUUCUUCCCAGUUGGUGAGGAUUGACUCUCCGGAUAAAAGGGAGUUUGUGGCCUCUUUGUUAUGGCGGCUAAUUCAACGCAUGUCUAUGAAAGACGUAGAUGAGGAGAUUUUCGUCUGGGGUGCCGGAAUACAUUUGUCGGGAAGCGAACGGGGCCAAUGGUUAUGGAACAAUUCUGAUUCAGGUUCGAAAAUGAACCGAAACGUCAUGUUUUGGAAGGCACACGAGCCGGCGGAGACGGAAACGGAAAACGCAUCACAUACUGGCGUCGCGUGUUCCGAUGAAUCGGUCACUUUUGAGUGCGCGAAGUCGUCCGGCAAGGAACCACUUGGAAUCUAUCUUGAAUACGCUUUGUUUGGCAGGUGGACGGAUUUCGACGAGGCCGCAGUCAGAUGUGGCGGAGACCGUUUCAAGGAAGCGUGUACUGCAGACAACAGUUUGUCCCUCAUCAGAUACCUCUGCAACGGCCUGGCCAUCUGCAGGCUGCCAAAGCUCGAUGACCUGUUUUUCGACAGCCCGUGCUUUGUCAUCUCAAACGGACUU